AUGCCUUCAUAUAAAUAUCUUAAAGUGUGGGGUUGUUUAGCUAAGACCUCUAUUCCAGCACCAAAGAGAACUAAACUUGGUCCAAAAACUGUUGAUUGUGUUUUCAUAGGCUAUGCUCUUCACAGUAAUGCUUGCAGAUUUUUAGUCAUUGACUCUAAAAAUAUUUUGAUUGAAAAGAACACAAUUUUUGAAACUAAAGAUGCAGAAUUUUUUGAAAAUAAAUUUCCUUUUAAAGAAAAGUCAGCAGGACCAAGUAGCUCUCUUAGUGUUCUUCCUAGUAUUAGAAAGAAGCCUACCAAAUUAGAAGAAGCUAAAAUUAGGAGAAGCAAAAGACCUAGGACUACUACUUCUUUUGGUCCUGACUUUCUAACCUACUUAGUAAAGGAUGAUCCUAGUACCUUUGAUGGAGCUAUCUCUUCGCCAGAUUCUAUAUUUGGAAAGAAGCUAUAA